GGCCUUCACUCCUCCGUUUUUCACUUGAGUCCAUGCUCUGAAACUCUCAAAUGACUUCUUCAAUUGCGCUCUCUUUCCAGACCAGCUUGGUCUCUUCAUUUUUUGGAGAGAGAAAUGGAAUUUGUAUUUCCAGUAUUCCUGUGAAGUGUGUUGGUUUUCCAAGGAAGACCGUGGAAUGUAAGGAAUCUAGAAUAGGGAAGCAGCCAAUUCAAAUUCCUUCCAAUGUGACACUUACUUUGGAAGGUCAGAGUUUAAAAGUUAAGGGUCCUUUGGGGGAACUUUCACUGACUUAUCCACGAGAAGUGAAAGUUGAUAGGGAAGACUCAGGGAUCCUUAGGGUUAAAAAGGCAUUGGAGACAAGAAGAGCCAACCAAAUGCAUGGGCUUUUCAGGACUCUCACUGACAACAUGGUGGUUGGAGUAUCUAAGGGUUUCGACAAAAAACUUCAACUAGUUGGCGUUGGCUAUCGUGCAACAUUGGAAGGAAAAGACUUGGUGCUAAAUCUUGGAUUCUCUCAUCCAGUUAGGAUGGCAAUCCCGGAAGGCCUUAAAGUUAAGGUGGAAGAGAGCACCAAGAUUACUGUCGGUGGAUAUGACAAAAGUGCCAUCGGUCAAUUUGCAGCUUCCAUCAGAAAAUGGAGACCUCCAGAACCAUAUAAAGGGAAGGGUGUGAGGUAUGCGGAUGAGGUUGUCAGAAGAAAGGAAGGAAAAGCAGGGAAGAAGAAGUAAAUGGUAAUAUAUGCACCAUGUUCCUCAUUUAGGAUUAAUUUUGUGCUCGUAAAUGUGUGCAUAUCCUAGAAACAAAAAGUACUUGGACCGUUGUUAAAGCAAUUACUCACAAUUAAUGAUUAGUUGGUUCAUUUUUUUCCUGUUGCAACUUGUUCUUUGUUUCAAUAUGUGAGCUAAGUAACCAAAUUGCCAAAAGUUCACAGAAUAAUUCAUGCACAAGUCC